UUGUUUUUUUUUGAAAGGUCCGUAUUAGUUACAUGCUGAAAAAAUUAACCCGUUUCUGAUAUCAGUAUACGUUCUCAAAUAAAAUACGACCCACCCACACAAUUCACCAAGCCCUUUCUUCAAAUUCAACUUCCUUGUUUUCCAAUCCCUUUUAUUUAUACCAAUUAACAAUUAUAAUUAUUAUUCAAUUGGAGUAAAAAUAAUAGUGGAAUGGAAUCAGCAGUAAAAAAAGAAGCUGUAAUAACACCAGAAGAUGUAUUGGAAUCUUUGAUGAAUGAUGGAACUAUUGAUACCCUCAGAUUAAAAAUCAUUAAUCAGCUCAAAGCCAAUGAAGAUUUAAAGAGUACUACUAUAAAAAUGGUAGAGCAGAGUAAGGUUCUCAACACACCAGGGGCAGAGAAACAAACCAAAAGGGAACUGUUUGAUGCUCUACGGCAAGAACUUGAAACACCUGUGCUUGAAAAGGCGUCUAAAUCAGUUUGGGAGUUGAUUUUAGACAGUAAUGGAUUGGGGAGAGAAAUAAAUGAAACAGUUGAAAAAGUGUUUUGUAGGCUAAGUGGUAGAGAGCCUCCAUUGUUUUCUUCUAAUGGUGAAUUGCAAUCAGAAAAAGGAAAAGAGAAAGUGGUUGAACAAAGCAUAGGAAAAGAAAUGGAAAAGGAUAACGUUGACUCAGGAUCAAAGAAAAGGAAGUUGGAGGAGGCAUUGAAUAUUAAAGAUUCUGCAGAAGAAGAUGCAAGCUGAUUGACAGAUGUUUUAGAGUGCUACUCAUCAAAUAUAUUAACCCAAGAGCAGAAAUCUGGAUGGCCUUGAUGUGGCUGCAGGCAAGAUCCGGUGGUGGUGGUGGUGAUGAUGACCAUUCGGAUUCUGGUAUGUGAAUGGUGACAGGGUACUUUUCUUAGGUGUAGACAGGCCAGGUUUCUAACUUUAAACUUUAUGACGACACUCUUAAAUAUCGUCAUGUUUUACAAUUUGCUAGAAAAAAGUAGUCAUGAAACAUUGUAUGUUCUUGAACUCUUCGUAGGCGAAACUAAUUAAUCGCAUCCUUGUUGAAA